AUGAAGACCCUCAAAUUUGUAACUGGAAAUCCCAACAAGGUUAUUGAGGUCAAUGCGAUACUAGGUGGAUGGAUACCCGUUGAGUCCGUGUCAUUGGAUCUUCCCGAAAUUCAGGGAUCAUUGGAGGAGAUCGCGACCGACAAGUGCCGGCGAGCCGCUGAAAUUAUAAAUGGACCAGUCAUAGUGGAAGAUUCGGCUUUGGAGUUUCAUGCCAUGAAAGGACUUCCAGGGCCGUACAUUAAAUAUUUUCUAGAGUCACUAGGAAACGAUGGUUUGAAUAAACUUCUGUACUCUCAUACCGACAAGAGCGCGAACGCUGUUUGCACAUUUGCCUUUUCAGCUGGUCCUGAAAUGGAACCCUUGGUUUUCCAGGGUAGACUCGAGGGAAAAAUCGUCCCUGCUAGAGGUCCACCUGUCUUUGGCUGGGAGCCUAUCUUUGAGCACAAAGGGGAAACUCUUGCAGAAAUGGCGCAUGACAAAAAAAACAAGCUGUCUCAUCGAUAUCAAGCUUUAUUCAAAUUCCAGGAGUGGCUAGCUCGGGACAACAACCGGUUCUUGAUACAAUAA